AUGCCCAUUACUCAGGCAGUCAUCGCCGAGCACCGCAACCUCGAGGCGCAGUUAAGCGCGACAGCGUACGCGCCGCCCACGCUCGCCCAGGUUCGUGCGCAGGCCGAGCGCGUGCUUGCCGCCAUCGCGGCUGACCAGGCUGGCCUGGACGCGCUGAAGCGGCGGACUGAGAGGGAACACAAAGACUGGCGCGACAUCGAAACCCGCACCCUCAAACGUCUAUGGGUACGCGUCAAGCACCCGAUCCACGGCCGCGAACGCCUGACCGACCUCGAAGCAAAAGAGGAGGCCGAGUACGUUGCAGCGCGAACGGCCGAACUGUCCGCCGCUGCCCGGCUCGAUUUGCUCAAGUCGCAAUCUACUGCUCUACAGCAACAAGUUGGGCAACUGUCUUCUGUGGCCGAUUCGAACGCCCGCGCCGCGGCGGCUCUGCAGGCCCUCUACUCUGUCGCGUUUGAUGGUCCUACUCCCCAGUUUCCGCAGGAGGACGCGGUUGAGGGGGCCUACACCGCCGCUUUGUUGGGUAGCGCGAUCAAGACUACGCGUGGAGCGGGAGACUUUGCGACGAUCAACUCAUACGGCGGGCCGGCCAACUUUGAUAUUCUAGAGCGCAGUGAGCUCGCCGGCGCGCAGCGCGACGCGGACCAGGCGCGUCUUCUCGUCCAGCAGGCGGGACAGGUGCUACCGGGUAUGCCGGGAAUCCAGGCGGUGGAGCUACCCAAGGGCAACAUGGUCGCCGACGUCUUCUUCGACACGACCUGGUCCGAGCUCGCAUUCCAGGGUCGGAUUGACGCAGCUGACACCCAUCUACAGAAUGCGCGCAAGAGCCUCGGGGUCAUCAUCGAGCAGGUCCAGCGGCAAGUCGGCUCGAGCAGCCCCGCUGCGCAGGCUGCUUUGCAACGCCUGGAACAGACGCGCGCCGCCCUGUUCGAGGUGCGCCGCAACAUCAUGAACAGCUUGUAA